AUGUCGUCCACGGCGCAUAUCCUCAACCAGCAUGGCGAUGCUGCUUCGCCUCGGCGCACCUCAACCUCGAGCGAUCACUCCGAGAUCCCCUCCUAUCCACGCUCCGAGAUCUCUCCACCACCCUCCGUCUUCGCUGCAACUCCAAAUGCAGCUGACACCUAUGAGCUUGGCUCAAGCGCAAGCCGCGAUCACUCCACAGCUUUCGUAAACGGCCGUCAUCAGCAGCCAUCGCGCCCGAACACUGCUAGUUCGAGCGUUUCCUCUACGUCGGCGGGUGCAUCAUCAAGCAGACGCUUCUCUUUCUCGCUCGCAAGUGCAAACAGCUCCCGCCACUUCAGGUCGCAGAAGGAGUCUGCACCCUCCCGCAUCGGCAGAGACUUUGAAGCCCUGCUCGCCUCGGAUGAGACCUACGUUCUGAGAGAUACCGCAAAGGUCGCGUUGGAUCCCGAAGACAGCCAAAGGGGUGCGGGUCGAGGGCUUCUUCCAGGCGCUUCGACGAACGAUCAUCGAGUUAUCGUUCAACGCCGGAGAGAAGGAUCCUCAUCCUCCUCGUUGAUCCAAGCACUCGACGAAGCGGACGAGGACGAGACCUUCAUGGACAUCACACCGCGACCACCUCAGGCUGAUCUCUUUCCGUCCCCUCCGAAGUCCAUCCAACCCUCUGGUUCAUCUGGCACGCUUCUCAAGUCGGUUUCGGGGCAAUUUCGCAGCUACGGAACACAGAUCCCCGCCUCGCCAGACAGGACCACAUCACUGCAACGCCAUACUACCCACUCGCCUGGCAUGCCUUCCACGUCCUCCAAAGGGCAGCUUCCUGUCAUGUCGACCACGCCGAGCCUCGCGCUACCUCGCGGCUUCGACGGCGGUGACGGCACUGUGCGGGCACGGCCACGCGUCCAGAACAGCAUCGGGCUGGAACAGGAGAUUCACACAGCUCCCGCAAGUCAAAGCAAUGGAGUCAAUCAGGCUGCCUCGACAGGCACCUUCCGUCAGCGCAUGAAGAAGACGAGUGGCUUCCUUCGAAAAUUCCGCAAGGACACUUCGUCCGCUUCCUCGUCGAACGAUUCUGGCGCGGCAGGGCGUACUUACUCCUUUGGCUCCAACGCUUCCGCCAGCUCCUUGGGUCGAUCCGCUGCCACCGAAUCGACGCUUGGCAUAUCGUCCUCUGGUCGCAGAGGCAGCAAGACGAGCGUUUCGAGCCAAGGCGGCUCUUCCGCUGCUGGCAGCAGCUCCAAGGGUCCUCACUUUGCGUCUACAGAGGGAAUCGCCGUCCCAAGCAUUCCCGAACGGUUCAUGCAGCCGUCGACGAGCUCCUACUCGAAUCUUGCCGUUGCCUCUGCCGCGCCGACGACUGCUGCGCCGGGUCCGCAUACUGCAGUAACGCCUGAAACGCAGCACCUCACCGUCAAGAGCAAAGCUGGCCUCCGAUCCCCGUCGGCACCCUCGACCAUGACGGAAUGGAGCCCUGACACCAAAUUUGCCCUCCCGCAGCGGUCUAGCUCGCAGGGACACGAAAACAAGAAAUCGAUUGGCUCGAGCGAUUCGACCGGCGCGAUUCGUCUGGCUGUGCAGCAGCUGUCAACCCAUAUGGACGACGCUUGGAGACAGGCGCCUGCUCCAGCGAUCCAGUUGGCGGAUCCAAAGCAUGCGCCUGCGCCGAAACAGUCAUGGGCAGAUUCGCCUCAAUUGCCAGGUCUCGAUAUUCAGCGCUAUAAGGAGCGAUCAGGCAGCUUUCUGGAAGAGCCAGACAUCGUGCCCAGCGAGGCUCGUGACGACACCCACUCGGAAUCCCGUCCGGCCGCUCGCCCUCCCCGCGUAUUCUCGUAUUCGGACUCGGCAGCGCAUGCAGACUCAUCCGCGGACUCGAACAACGAAGCUACAGGUCUCGGCAUCCACCAUGACCCCUCUGCUGCAAACGAAACGAUCCGACGGGCUAACUUAGCAAGCUCGUCUCUGGAUUCGACUCGUAGCAGCCAGCGCAACUUGAUCGAUCCACUUGCUGAGAGAGCACCUCGCAAAACGGCUGGUUCUGGCGCCAGCGUCGUCAGCAUGCGAUCAUUCGAGACAGCCGCCGAGAGCGCUGGUCUCAAUAGCGCCGGGCCUCAGCUCAACUCGUUUGUUCUGCCGUCGAACGAAAGGCACGUGGGAGGCGAUGAUGCGCGCGCAGCGUCCCCGAAUGUCUUGUACGAUCGGUUCAAGAGCUCAACCCCAGUCGACGCCGUGCAGACCAAGUCGGCGGUUGCCGUUGCAGGCCGUCGUCUCAAGCAAGACGACAGGGACGAGCCGCGACUCUCUGAUGAUCAGGAGCUCAGCAUUCGGCUCGUCACCAGGCCCUCGAACACCAGCGAGCUCAGCCCCGAUUCCGAUGGCCACGAAAACAGCACUACCGCCAUUGUCACUGCCCCUGCUUCGCCCGAUGUGGGUUCGACCGCUCUGCCCAAGAUGGUCGAGCUGUCCGAAGCGUCAUUUCUGCGACCGGGACGCAACGGCAAUCUGAGUCGGUCCCCUUCGAUGAGGUCAGGAACCGUCAAAGCUGGCAGCGCAGCCCGCCUUGCGACCCAAGCCGCGCGCAGAAGCCCUUCGCCGAAGCCGUUGCCGCCGUCUCCUGCCAAGCCGAGCCCUGAAACGGCUGCUGCGUCCUCCACGAACGGGGACGCGAGUGGCGCCAAUUCAAUAGCCGCAUCCGCACAAGAGCUGGCAGCCAAAUGUUGGCAAGAAGACGCGACCUUUGUCAAGCGAGAAAAGAUCGCAGAGUGGCUCGGCGGUCUCGGCUUGGUCAACCGUGCAGCACGUGGCUACUACUUUGCCAACUUUGACUUCAGUGGGUUGAGGCUCGACGUCGCCUUCCGUCGACUCUGCGACAAGCUCUUCUUGCGAGCCGAGACGCAGCAGAUCGACCGCAUCCUGGCUGCCUUCUCGCAGCGAUACUACGAGUGCAACCCCGAGUCAGUCUUUGGGAGUGCUGACGUCAUUCACUCGGUGGUGUUCAGCAUCCUGCUGCUCAACACAGAUCUUCACAUUGCCGAACUGCAAGAGAGGAUGACAAGACAGCAAUUCGUGCGCAACACGCUGGGAGCCAUUGCCGAAAGCAGCCCGGAUGGGCAACUAGUGUCGAUCCAGGAUGACAACCGGAGCAGCUUGAGCGUCGCACAUAACGACGCGACUCGUAGUACCGACGCCCUUCCUACAUCCGUCAGCGAAGCACACGUGCGGAACAGCAUCGUUGGCCAUCUGGGCAUCCGGUCGAAGCAAAAUUCGAGCUCGACCAACCUGGAAUCUUCCUCGGACGCCGUCCAUUCUCGACCUGUCACCGCUUCCAGCGGCACCAAGGACAAAGACACCGAAAUUGAGACGCUGCUCCGCGACAUUUAUGCUGCAGUCAAGUCGGAUCGGAUCCUGCUGCCGGCGCCAGAGACGGGCAGCGGUGCGCCUGGCCGACCGUCCGGCACGUUCAGUCCGACGCUGGGCGGUCGCAAGAAGGCCGGUGCCGGCAACGACCGCAUGAUGGCGCUGAAACGAGGUUCCAUUCGCGGUAUCCAGGGGUUGUUAGGUGGUCUCGGACCGAGCAAUACCUUCGUCGAUCCCUCUGUCAGCCCCAACGCCUCGAGGACAUCGAUCGACUCAUGGGGCCGGCCGUCGCAGUCGCUCAGCGGCGGGGAUCGCGAUCGCAUGCUCUCGCCUCCUCCGCAUAGCACGCCCGGUUUCGCCAGCACGCUGUCGCAGACGAUCAUCAAGGAGUCGCUCGAGGAGGAAGCGGCCGCGAGCGCCAACACGACGCUGCAACCGCCGCUCGACGACGAAGACGACGACGAUCAGCUGGCGCUCGCCGGACCACCCUGGGCGAAAGAAGGCUCGCUGACGCGCAAAUUCUACUGGGAGAGCACGGGCAAGCGGGCCAAGGACAAAUCCUGGACGGAAGUCUUCGCCGUUGUCUCCAAGGGCACGUUGUCGAUGUUCCGCUUCAACACCGGCCCUUCCGCCACCAAGAGCGGGGCGGUGUUGGGCGGGGGUAACUGGCUAUCGAAUGCGACGUGUCUGGGUGAGAUCCCACUCGCCCAUUCGCUAGCCAACGCCCUCCCUCCGCCAGGAUACAACCGGUCCCGCCCACACGUCUUUGCGCUCACCCUGCCGGGAGGCAAAGUGACCUUCUUCCAAACGGGCCACGAGGAGCUGGUGCACGAAUGGGUGAGUACGUGUAACUAUUGGGCGGCGCGAUUGUCGAAAGAGCCGCUGGCGGGCGGGGUGAGCAACAUGGAGUAUGGAUGGAACAAAGUGCUGCCGCAGCCGGACGACGUGGAGGAGAUGGGUGCGCCAGUGGAAUCGACUGUGGGUCACGGGAUGGUGCGGGACGAUCGAAGCGUGCGCAGUGGUCGACCGGGAACCUCUUUAGCUACGUCUUCCGCCGUCGGGUACUCGACGAACGAACGCACCUUCAUCAACGAAUGGCGCACCCCUUCCCUCCCCACCGUCCCCUCCACACUCUCGGAAGAACGCCAACUCGUCCGACUCGAAAAACAAGUCACCCUCAUCGAAACCGACCUCACGACGCAUAAUGAGUUGCGAACGCCCAUGCUCCACCUCUACUCCCCCAAAGGCACCAACCACGCCAAAGCUCUGGCCAAUUGGGAGAGGAAAAGCAACUGGCUCCUGCAGGAACUGGUCAAGUACACGAGCUAUGUUGAGAGUCUGCGCAAGAGUGGAGAGGGUAGAGCGGAGAGGAGGGCGAAAAGGGAGGUGGACGAGAUGGUUAGGGAGGGAGAUGCUAUGUUGGCCCAGCUCAGCAUUUGA